AUGGUAAGGACAACUAUGAGUAGUGAAACACCAACACCCAAACCAUCGACAGUAAGCAUCAAAGAUGAUUACCAUGUGCAUACGAGGAGCUUAAAUUCUCCUUUACAGAGUUCUAGUGAUCCUGAUUUCACGAUAGAUAACCAUCCCCUGAGAAUACAGGAUAGUUUCAUAGAGAAACAUGUUAAACCGAAUACAGGAAUCAUACUUCUUAUCAUAGCACAGUUUUUCAACUCGCUCAUGGUUGUAUCAACCAAAAUUCUGGAAACUAACCCUAAUUCUGGGACACAUAUAAAGCCUUUACAGAUUCUAUUGGUAAGGAUGUUGAUAACGUGGAUAGGUACAUUGAUAUAUAUGCAAUUCAACAAGGCUACUGUGAAACAUGCCCCGUUUGGUGACCCAGCUGUAAGAAAAUAUUUGGUGUUAAGAGGUUCAUGUGGGUUCUUCGGUGUCUUUGGUAUGUACUUCGCUUUGAUGUAUUUAUCCAUUAGUGACGCUGUGUUGAUAACUUUCUUAUCACCUACAUUAACCAUAUUAUUAGCCUGGGUAGUACUAAGAGAAAAGAUUAACCGUUGGGAAGUUCUAGGGUCUAUGGUAUCCUUCAUAGGUGUUGUGCUGAUCAUUAGACCUCCAUUCUUAUUCGGCUCAAAUAUAAACAGUAACUCCGAUAUUAACAAUGUAGUAGAAACUAGUAACCCCAGUGACCGUUUAAUGGCCACAAUGGUAGCAUUAUGGGGUGCUCUUUGCGGGAGUGGUGUAUACAUUAUAAUCAGAUUCAUUGGGAAGAGAGCGCAUGCUAUCAUCAACGUCAGUUAUUUCUCUUUAACAACCCUUAUUAUUUCUACUAUCGGUGUUGUAUUCAUUCCAUCUAUGCAUUUCCAAAUCCCACAUACCAAGUUAGAAUGGUUACUAUUUACAAAUCUAGGUAUAUGUGGAUUUAUUUUCCAAUUGAUGUUGACGUUAGGUAUUCAAAAGGAAAGGGCCGGUAGAGGUUCUUUAGUAGGUUAUACACAAUUGAUAUAUUCUAUAUUUUGGGAUGUCAGUUUAUAUCGUCAUUGGCCACCUAUCUGGUCAUGGGCAGGUAUGGUGAUUAUUAUUGGUAGUACCAUAUUUGUGCUUAAAUUCAAAUCGCCUAGUGAUGAUGAUGGUGAUUGUGAUUUGAGUACUUCGGCGGCUAAGGAUCCCGAGUCUCUACAGAAUCCUGACGAAGCACUAGAGAUGGACGACUUCAAUAUUGACGAUUCUACUGAUUAA